AUGUCUUGCAUCUUUUGCCGUAUCAUCAAGGGUGCGUCUACAAUCCACUCGGAACACGAAGCCUCGGAUCUCCCUUAUCGGAACACCUUCUGCGAGCUAACUGCCGAUGUAGGCGAGAUCCCUAGCUUCAAGCUUUUUGAGAGCGACAAGACCUUUGCCUUCCUCGACAUCGGCCCCGUGUCCAAGGGUCACGCUCUCGUCAUCCCCAAGCACCACGGCGAGAAGCUUGCCGACAUCCCCGAUGACCACCUUACUGAGAUUCUGCCCGUCCUCAAGAGAAUUGUGAACGCUUCGGGAGCUACCGACUACAACAUCCUCCAGAAUAACGGUAGCAUCGCUCAUCAAGUCGUCCCCCACAUUCCCAAGCCUAACGAGACGGAGGGCCUCAUCGUCGGAUGGCCCAGCCAGUCUCCCGACAUGGAGAAGCUCAAGGCACUGAGCGAGGAGAUCAAGUCGAAGAUGUAG